AUGUCCUUUGGAUUCUCAAUCGGCGACAUCAGAGUUAUCUGCCAGACAAUCAUUUGGUUCCAUGAUAAGUGUUUUACGAAAGCACAAGGAGCUCACGUCCAAUACUCAAGAUUUGGCAGAGAGAUUCAAUCGCUUGCCAAGAACCUCCGUGACCUAGUCGAUGUCGCUGAACAUGCGGCGGAACAGCGACCUCGUCGCCCGUGGGGCAACCACAGCGACGACUGCCGGGAAGCCCUCAAGCCUUUGCUAGAAGCUGCUGGCGACUUCCAAGCAACUAUCAAGGACUGUCAGAAGCUCUUGGACGAUCAUAAUAGAUUCCAACGAGAUGCCGCUGGCUUUAUUGACAACGUGCAGUGGCACAUGGGCACUCAAAGAGAUGUGGACAUACUACGAGAACGGGUCGAAUUUCACUCGACGAAAAUCCUUGUCCUUACCAAACCCUUCGAGCUCCAUCUUCUUCUAGAGAUCCGUCAUGAAUUGCAAGAGGUCAGACUCGAUCUGCGGGAGAUACGAGGACUACUUAUUACCGUCCUUGCAAAUGGGAAGCUUCCGGAUACUGUGAAUUUGGAGGUCUCUCUUCCACAGAUACCGGUUGAGAUAGAGGAGCGCUUUCACAAGGCCUCAAAGAUGGAUAGUCAAGGUUCACCUGUUAAGGAUAACAACAUGCCGCUUGUGGAGGGGUUCGAUGCUCUCGUCUACCAGUUUGCAAGGAGUACUGUCGAAUUCAACCCGGUGUACAACAAUACCCCUGACGAAGAGCAAUUUGUCAACCUAUUGAAGAGCAAAUGGAUCAUGGAAAGACUCGAGAAAAGCUUGUAUCUGGAGCUAGAAGGAAGAGAUUCUUUCUGGGCAAGCUAUCUGCGCGAGUUGAAGACCAAUAUUAUUCAAGAAUACGGACGCUUUCACACUCGGAAACUCAGAGCGCCACCUCAAGACGCCAUUGUUUUGCUCCCUGAUCAGUGCUUCACAAUCUGGGCCAAGCAGGCUCCACCAUUGCGACCUCCAGAUCUGGCAGAGAAAAGACAUGAAGAGGAGCUCCUGUUAGAAUUGAACCUCCCAGAAUCAGCCGGCUCCUACACCACAGCGCUUACCGUUUUCAAGAGAAGCGCAAUCGAAUUUCGUUUCGUAACGAGCACUAAGCACUCGAUGAAUCCGGGAGACUAUCAAAAAGAGGUCAUAAUCAAUACCGAUGUCAUAAGAGUGGUGCCGGCUUACGCCAUCCCUGAUGCUGGUGCAAACAACAUCCUCCUCUCAAGCUCGCAUGUCAAGGACCCAAGAUGGCAGUACCUGAGCAGCUUCGAAGAUGUGAAAGCCCUGCAGCAUGUUCUCACGGGCUACCGUGUCCACCACAGCAUGGAAAAUGUAACGUGGUCGAUCAAUGGUUCAUCUAGUCCUGGCAAGAUUGGCAAGGGUGUAUUACAGCUGUGGCAGCGACAAGUGCUUCCUGUACCAAGCGAAAACAGCCCCAGGCCCCCCAUGCAAAGGGCCACAUCUACAAGUAGCCCAAACUCAUCCAAUCUAAAAAGAGCAUCUACGACGUUGUCAACGGCCACCACAUUUGUUUCAGGGUGCAGUAUGACGACUGUCGUCAAUGGGACACAGAGCGACGCAACUGCGGUUCUAAUGCCAGAAAACCCAGUCUUGGUACUCAUGACUCUCCGUCACGGUAUCUACACCAUCAUCCACUUGGAAUUAGAAGCCGAAGUAGCCGUCAACCCCAAAAAGUGCGAAUGCAGGAAACCUGGCUCGCAGUGUCAGGUCGCAGUCCUGAAAUCUACAAAUAAGCACAUGCAAAUCAGACGGCACUCUACUCAAGGCACGUCGGAAAGUGACUUGGACAAUUGGGACCUUGCCCGCUUCCGCAUGCCUCGACAUCCACUAUUCAAGAAGGUGGAGGUGGUUCCCAAGUCCGAGCAUCUAUGGCUCGAAUUUCCAAGCGCUGACGAUAAAGAGGAAUUCCGUCAAGAAUUGAGAGAACUAGAGAUAGUGCGACGAAUGGAUCUCGACACGUACUUCACCUUCCUGCAGGUGAAGAAGCGGCAGGAUUCGAAGCCUGGAAAGAAGCGAGGCCGCUGA